AUUACUUUUCUUUUUCAUAUAAAUAUAAAAGAAGUAACCAGCUAGCUGCUAGCAUCAUCAUAACAUCAUCAUAUAUCUAUAUUUAGCUACAGUUGUCUUGUUUCUGUUCUUGCUUAAUUUUCACCAUUUUCAGAUCAAGUCAAAAACCAGCUAGCUAGCUUUCAAAAUUCAAAGAGAGAGAGAGAGAGAGAGAGAGAGAUGAUGUCUAGUGAUCAUGGCUUUGAUCCAUCAUCCUCUCCUUCUUCUCUUUCUACUUUCAAUAUUCAUGAAGACCCCUCCAUCCUCAUCUCAAACCCUAACCCUAAUAAUCAUAAUAAUCUUUCAUCCAAAAGAAAACGUAAUCUCCCUGGGAAUCCAGAUCCAGAUGCAGAAGUGGUAGCCUUAUCACCAAAAUCUCUGAUGGCGACAAACCGAUUUCUAUGUGAGAUUUGCAACAAGGGUUUUCAAAGAGACCAAAACUUACAGCUUCAUAGAAGAGGACACAAUCUACCAUGGAAGCUGAAGCAAAGGAACAAAAACGAAGUGGUGAAAAAGAAAGUGUAUAUCUGUCCUGAAAAAAGCUGUGUUCAUCAUGAUCCGUCUCGGGCUCUUGGGGAUCUGACUGGAGUGAAGAAACACUUCAGCCGGAAACAUGGGGAGAAGAAAUGGAAAUGUGAAAAGUGUCAAAAGAAGUACGCGGUUCAAUCGGAUUGGAAAGCUCAUAGCAAAAUCUGUGGUACUAGAGAGUACAAAUGUGAUUGUGGAACCCUUUUCUCCAGGAAAGAUAGCUUCAUAACACAUAGAGCAUUUUGCGAUGCUUUAAGUGAAGAAAAUUCAAGAAUGGCUGCCUUUCCGAUGAUGUCAACUAAUGCUGCUCAAAAUCUCAAUUUUCGACACGAUUUGAUGAUGAUGAAUAAUGGUUUGCGGUUUCCGGGGAUGUUUGGUGGUGGGAUGUUAGAAACAAGUGGUAGCAAUCAGCUGGAUGAUCAUGUAAAUAAUAAUGUGGGAAAGCAAAGAAUAUUGCCAAUGAUGAAUUGGUUAGACCAAAACAUUAAUAAUGCUUCUACUAGUCAUUCCCAAUUGAUGGAAAACCCUAGUAAUUCACCCCUUUUCGGAUCGUCGAGUUUAAGCAACAACAAUAUCAGCGGAAUGCUAUCCUCGUCAUCAGAGAUGGUGCAAUGGUUCAAUGGAAGUAGCCAGCAAGAUAAUCAUCAUGUUGCGGCUACAUAUUCGGGAUUGCAAUUGAAAGAGGAACAAGAUAAUAAUAAUAAUAAAGCCGGGGAUGAUGAAAUGCAAUUAUUCAAUUCCUCAAUGUAUAACAACUACACAACUUGCACCACUCCACUACUACAACCAAUUCCCCCGCCGGCUCAUAUGUCCGCUACCGCGCUAUUACAAAAGGCGGCUCAAAUGGGUUCCACAACGACAAACAACCGCGGCCACGGGGACGCGUUUGGGCUCAUGAUGAGUUCAUCAAGUCUUUCCAAUGAGGAUGGGGGGCUCAUGAUGAUCAUGUCCUCGAAAGAGUCGACACAAGAUUCGAGUUUGACUCGAGAUUUUCUUGGAGUUGGAGGGAACGAUAACAGAAGGCCACCGUUUAAUAAUAAUAAUAAUAAUAAUAUAUUCAAGUUCACCUCAACAACAAGCAUGGAUAAUUCGACGAUAUGAAAUGCAAUUUGUUUACGUACAUGCAUAUAUGUAAAAAAGGGACACAUGAUAAAUGUCAGAAGAGAAAAAGGCGUGUAGCUAGCUGACGAGGACAAGUGAAGAAAAGGGACAAAAGGGAGUCACAUGAGGGGAAUAAUAUUUGAUACAGUACUACUGCUACAAGGAGAGGGAGGGUAUGCAUGUUAUUUGUAGCAGAAACAACAAAAGUUUUCUUAUAUGUUCUUGUUUUAAAUUAUAAGAAAACUUAAUUUGUCACUGGUCUCUGGUACUGUACAACCUUUUAUGCAUUCUGUACUGUUUGGUCUAUGACCUACUCUUUUGCUAGAGUAUUUUCUCUCCAAAGCAUAAAACAGAGAGAGAGAGAGAGAGAAACAUGGAUUUGGUGAUAAUAAUUGGUGGCCGUAAGGUAAUUAAACUCGAUCAUAUAUUUUGUAAUUUAAAAUCUUGGAAACUAAUUAGUUACUGUUUAAUU